CGGCGAGGCCGGCGGCUGCGCGCGGCGGGGGCGGCGCGGCGCGGCGCGAUGGCGGCCGAGUGGGGCCCGGCGGAGCAGUGGCGCGCGGCGCUGCCGCAGCACGCGGUGCUCUGCCGCCUCCGCGAGCGCAGCGCCGCCGCCGCCGCCGCCCCGCGGCCGCCGCUCAUCCGCAACCUGCUCUUCGGCCUCGACGGCGACCUCUUCCUCUGGGACGGCGAGAGCAGCGCCCUCCACACCAUCGGCCUCCGCCGCCUCGGCGGCCCCGAGCCCGCGGGGCUGGGCCGCUACCAGACUCUUCUCUGCAUAAAUCCCCCCCUUUUUGAGGUCUACCAAACACUGCUGAGCCCCACGCAGCAUCAUGUGGCGCUCAUUGGUACGAAAGGGCUCAUGGUCCUGGAGCUGCCUAAACGCUGGGGGAAGAAUUCUGAAUUUGAAGGUGGGAAAUCGACAGUGAACUGUAGUACUAUUCCUAUCGCGGAAAGGUUCUUCACAAGUUCAACAUCUCUGACUUUAAAACAUGCUGCCUGGUAUCCCUGUGAGACCUUAGACCCUCACAUUGUGCUGUUGACUUCAGAUAACACUAUAAGGAUUUAUAGUCUGAAGGUGCCUCAGACACCCAUCAAAGUGAUUGCUCUUUCAGAUGCGGAAGAGGAGACUUUAACAAUAAAUAAAGGGAGAGCCUAUACGGCAUCGCUCGGAGAAACUGCAGUGGCGUUCGACUUUGGCCCCCUGGUGCCAGUCCCAGUGAACAUAGUUGGACAGCGAGGGAGUGAAGAAGUGUUGGCCUAUCCUCUGUACAUUUUAUAUGAAAACGGGGAGACAUUCCUCACGUAUAUCAGCCUGAUACAAAGCGCUGGAAAUCUUGGCAAGCUGCUAGGCCCUUUGCCCAUGCACCCUGCUGCAGAAGACAAUUAUGGCUAUGAUGCUUGUGCUGUCCUUUGCCUACCUUGUGUUCCAAACAUCUUGGUGAUUGCCACCGAAUCGGGAAUGCUUUAUCACUGUGUGGUACUGGAUGGAGAAGAGGAUGAUGAACAGUCAGAAAAAUCUUGGGACCCAAGAUCUGAUCUUAUUCCUUCACUGUAUGUGUUUGAAUGUGUUGAGCUGGAACUUGCACUGAAACUGGCAUCAGGAGAUGAGGAAGAGCCUCUGGAGUCUGACUUCUCCUGCCCAAUCAAACUGCAUCGAGAUCCUAAAUGCCCUUCUAGAUACCACUGCACACACGAAGCUGGUGUCCAUAGUGUUGGGCUGACGUGGAUCAAUAAACUUCACAAAUUCCUUGGGUCAGAUGAAGAAGACAAAGACAGUUUACAGGAGUUGGGAGCAGAACAGAAGUGCUUUGUUGAACAUAUUCUUUGUACAAAACCAUUGCCAUGCAGGCAGCCUGCUCCCAUUAGAGGAUUUUGGAUAGUCUCUGACAUUUUGGGGCCUACAAUGAUCUGCAUCACGAACACCUAUGAGUGUAUUACAAGGCCGCUCUUAAGUACAGUCCAUCCUGCAUCCCCACCUCUGCUGUGUACGAGAGAGGACAGCGAUGUUGCAGUUUCCCCUCUCCGUAUCCUGGCUGAAUCACAGCAUUCAUUUGAGAAGCACAUCCGAAGCAUCCUCCAGCGUAGUUCUGCCAAUCCCUUGGUUCUGAAGGCUGCGGAUAAAGAUGCUGCUCCUCCCCCUGAAGAAUGCCUCCAGCUUCUUAGCAGAGCUACACAAGUGUUCAGAGAGGAAUAUAUACUGAAACAAGAUCUGGCAAAACAGGAAAUUCAGCAAAGAGUGAAGCUGUUAUGGGGACAGAAAAAGAAGCAACUGGAAGAUCUCAAUUACUGUCGAGAGGAAAGGAAAAGUCUGCGGGAAAUGGCUGAGCGCUUGGCUGACAAGUACGAAGAAGCCAAAGAGAAGCAAGAAGAUAUUAUGAACAGGAUGAAGAAAGUGCUUCGUAGCUUCCACUCUCAGCUUCCAGUUUUAUCAGACAGUGAAAAAGAUAUGAAGAAAGAAUUGCAAACAAUACAUGACCAGCUGCAGCACUUGGGCAAUGCUAUCAGACAGGUUAAAAUGAAAAAGGACUACCAGCAGAAAAAGAUGGAAAAGGGGACCAGUCCACGAAAACCCAGCAUCACCCUCAGUGCCUACCAGAGCAAGUGCAUCCAAACUGUUCUGAAAGAAGAGGGAGAACACAUAAGGGAAAUGGUAAAACAGAUCAACGACAUCAGAAGCCAUGUGAACUUCUAACACGUCUCUGACUGCAUGAGCUUUAAUUUUCCUUGGUAUUCCUCUUGCGUAUUUAACAUUUGUAAGUUGAAUAAUAGGCAUUUUACUUAUUCAUAUUAUUUUGUAAAGAUGGACUAUGAAAUAAAAUACUUUUGAUAAGGCUCCUUA